AUUUGAUUACAAACACUAAAUUCAUAACACAAUCAUUGCAUUGAAAAUUUGAUUUUCAAUUUCAAAUGAAUACCAUUUGCUUGUGAUUUACGCGUUUAGACAUAUCCUAAGCACAUGUGUUGCCUCGGGUCCAGUGAUCGGUGAUGGAGUCGUCCAAGAAGUCUGUGGGCAACGGCAGCGCCGAAGACGUGCACCAAUUGUCACUGCAAUCUGAAUCCAACAGUUGCGACAACACGUAUGGGUCGUACCGGUCGAGCACCAGGACCUCGAUCUCCUCCUAUGACUUCACGCCAUCGGAGACACCGCGCGAGUCAUCGCCUCGACUUCAGCGCAAGUCAGGCCUUAGAUCGGCUCAAGUGAUGCAACUGUCGGACGACUCGACCACUUGGAGAGCGACUCCCAAACGCAGCAAACGGUCCACUCGUAAGCAACAGAUCCAGAACUCGACGGCAAAGAUACACGCCUUCCUCAUGAAGGGAAAGGCACCAGAGUUUAGGUUCAGGAUUGUUGUGGCACUCAUUCUCAUGGCUAUUGUGAUCAUAAUAUUGAGUACAAGAUAUUUCUAUAACCGCAACCUAAUAGUGGUUGCCAUCAAAGACCGCAUAUUCUUCAUUAAAACCCAGAGACAACUGGAUCUACUGGACAGCGAGGGCCGGGAUCUGUUGCACAUAGAGUUCGGACUCAACAUUCCUCCAGACAUUCCUCCCAUUAAUUGCAAAUCAAUUGAGAAGAACACGAGAAUCUGUUUGGACUGGAAAUAUAGGGCACAUCUGAGCUUCCAAUACAAACAUUAUCCCAAAUCUAUCACAUGUUAUGACAUCAAGUGGAAGAGCUAUGAAAAGUAUGCUAUUCUUAAGGACUGUUUCGAUUUGAGCACAUCCUUCUGGUAUGGGAUGGGAGACGUGAAUGGCCUGAAAUGGCCGCUCAAUGACAUGUCCAUCUCGGACUCGCCAUUCGUGACCAGUCACCUCACGGACACCACCACUCCAUUCGGUUCACUGAUUGGCAGACAUUGGUUCUCAUCGAAAGGCAUCACAAUAAGCGUCGGACUAAAUGUUCCGCUAUUUGUCAGUUUGAACAGCACUGAAGACCCCAACAAACUGUGCUUGAUUUCGAAGAAGCAAUUCCCGUAUUAUGUAUUAAACAAAAACGAUAUCUACGCUCAGUUGGAGUACACUAUCUGCUCGGCGCCCAGUCUUCCAGACCUACAAAACCAUUUGAUCGAUAGUUCGCCAAAAGCUGAAAACAAAACCGAAACCAAUUCCACUUCAACCGCUUCAUCAGAUCCGGAGGAAUACAUAUUCUUGGAGCGACUCAUUUGGGCCACAGAUUCAAACGUAUUGGCAAACUUUACCCAUCAAUCACUUCAGGCAUAUGUGGACCGAAUCAUGAGCUAUGGCUUCGAGCCGGGAGUGGUUCUGUUGGACUCGCGCUGGGAGAACAUCAUUGGAGACUUCAAAAUGAAUAAAACCUCUUUCAAUAACCCUUCGGUUCUCAUUAAUAUCCUUCACAACAAAGGCUUUAAAAUAUUGCUCACAAUUACGCCAAACAUUGAUUUGCAUUCAAAUACGUUAUCCAACGCCAGACUUAAUCACAGACUUUUACGCGACGUUCGCCUCAAUGUCCCACUACUGACCCGUUGUGGCAAUCAAUAUGAAUACAUCUGUGGUUUAAUUAAUUUAACAAAUCCUGUUAACAGAGAGUGGUUUCGCAACCGAUUGGUCGACGAACUGAUUACUGGUCUGUCAGUCGACGGCUUUCUGUUUGUCGGCGGACAGUCAUCACUAAUGCCUCGACACAUAAAUGUCGACAAAACUAUAAAUCCCGAUAAUUAUCUAAAUCUACUGAAACGAGUGGCCAUUAAUACCAGUGAUUUAAUCGGCACAACCAGUUCAGUCGACUCAAAAGAGCUCAAAGGUUUUGUUAAAGUGCUUCCGAGGAGUUCUUCGUGGAAUACAUUGCGUGGAAUCAUACCAACUGUCCUAUCACUGGGUCUAAUGGGUUAUCCACUGGUUAAUAGCGGUUCAGUUGGAGGCAUUCGUGUGCACAAUGAGACCACUUAUAGCAAAGAGCUGUACAUCCGUUGGUUACAAGUCGCGGCAUUUCUUCCAGUCAUCCAAUUCGGUGAACCCGACAACGACCUCGAGAUCAUAAAAGUUGCCAAAAAGCUACUAAAACUACGCGAAGAUCUAAUCCUACCAGCGAUGAAGACAUGUCUUCGCGAAUAUCAUAGGAAUGGUUCGCCGAUAAUAAGGCCGAUGUGGUGGACACAACCCCAUGAGAGGGACGCCUUCAUAAUUGACAACCAGUUCUCUAUUGGGAACGACAUUAUCGUCGCACCGGUUGUCGAAGAGGGACAGAAAGAGAGGGAUAUAUUUCUGCCGAACGGCUGGUGGAAGGAUGAGAUACAGGUGCAAGUGAUCAGAGGUGGCAAAUGGAUGCGCAAAUAUCAGGUGCCUAUCGACAAAGUGGCCUAUUUUAUUAGGACUGAGCCCUCGCCCGCAGUCUAAUUACCGGUAUAAGCUAACUGACCAAAUGGUUACUUUCAGUAUUUUUAUUAGCAUUUUAUAGAUUUUAUACUUAAAAUCAAAUAUUUUCG